GUUCUGGAUCAGAACCGGACCCUGGUUCUGGACCAGACCCAGACCCGAGGAGCUGGACCCCUGACCCGGUGUGUCUGUCUCAGCAGUCUGUUCACGGAGAACGUCUUGGCCCACCCCUGCAUCGUGUUCCGGCGCCAGUGCCAGGUCAACUACCACGGCCGCUGCUACCACCUGACCCCGUUCAGCGCCGUCGGCGUCAUGUACGCCAUCACCAGGGCCCAGGGGCUGAAGGCUCUGUGGAAGGGCAUGGGCAGCACCUUCAUCGUCCACGGCAUCGCCCUGGGCGCGGAGGGCGUCAUCAGCGAGUUCACGCCGUUACCACGGGAGCUUCCUCACAGCUGGAGCUGGAAGCAGCUGGCCGGACACCUGCUGCUCAAAGGGCUAACCGCUGUGGUGGCGCUACCGUUCUACUGCGCUAGCCUCAUCGAGACCGUCCAGAGUGAGAUCGUCCGGGACGAGUCGUCCUCCGGCCUGCUGGACUGCGUCCGUGAGGGUCUGACGCGGCUGCUGGGCGUCGGCGCCCCUCACAGCCGCCGCCUGCUUCCUCUCAGCUACCUGCUGCUUCCUGUGGCCGCCCACGCCGUCCUGCGCUACGCGGUGGCGGCCUCCGUCCAGCGGGCGGUGCUGUGGCUGCAGCAGCGCGGCGAGAAGCGGCGCCCGAUCCCGUCCGACCCGCUGGACGCCUACUUCCCGGAGCUGGCGGCGGCGUGGGCGGGGUCUCUGGCGGCGGACGUGCUGCUGUUCCCCCUGGAGACGGUGCUGCACCGCCUCGGCCUGCAGGGGACGCGCACCAUCAUCGACGCCACGGACGGGGCGCAGGCGGCGGGGAGCGGCGGCAGCCCGCUGGUGCUGCCGGUCAACACGCAGUACGACGGCCUGGCGGACUGCCUGCACGCCAUCCGGAGGAAGGAAGGCGCCGCCGGCUUCUACCGCGGCUUCGGCGCGCUGCUGGCGCAGUACUCGCUGCACGGCGCGCUGCUGGCCGCCGCCAGGACGCUGCUCAGGGUGGUGCUGCUGGACGCCAAGGCCUGCUGAGGCGUCGCCAUGGAGACCACAGGACUGGCUGGUAAUUAAUCUGCACACUGGAGGUUGAUCAUCCUCUCCUCUGAUCACCAUGGAAACCAUUUGUUGUCUUCCUAUUGGCUGCUGGGAAACACACCUGAUGUAUAAAAGUGUAAAAAUGAGAUGUUGUCUGUGAAAAUGUGGAUUCAGAUUAAAUUAUUUGUGAUUCGUUGAUGAAUAAAUACAGAAUUUAAAAUAAA